AUGUCAACUGCCAUCUCUCGAAAUUGUUCCACUUGCUUAGAGGAAGAAGAUGAAUUUAUUGAAGCUACUCACUGUUGCUCGAGUUGUUUAUUCCCAAAAGAGCAUGAUGUUAGAAUUUCACAAAAUCCAUACUUUUGUGCUCUUCACGCCAGACGUCAUUCAAAAAACAAUCAUGGACAUAUGGUUGUGGUCAUUGUCACAUCUUCACGAAAUUCAACAUCACAAACUCCUUCCGAUCAUCCCCAAGUCAUCACUGCCCACAAUACUCCAAAUAUGGUAAACAAUGACAAUUCUCCAACUCUUUCCAGUAUCAUUGAUCACAACUCUUUUUCCAACAGCUUUUCAUUGAAUAAUUCCUCGAAUGGUGGUGUCACUAAUCACUCUCCGACAUCUGUCAAUUCCAUAUUUGGAAUACCCACUUGUUCUCUUCAUCAAUGUCCAAUCAAUGUAUAUUGCAGAAAUUGUGAAAAAUUAAUCUGUGCUGCAUGUACUCUCGAAAAGCAUCAUCGAGGCCAUUCCUCUGAUUUAUUAUCGAAUAUUGAAAAAGAAGAAAAAGAAAAAUUUAAAAUUCAACACACCUCGCUCAAAGAAUCCAUCAAAAAUUGGGAACAAGUCUUUUCAGCUCAAGAUGAAGAUUUAAGAAAUGAACUGAAAAACAUCGAAAUGAAGAAAAUUGCAUUGAAAGAUGAAGUGGAUCAAAUUUUUGAAAUUUUGAAAGAUGUUUUGAAACAACGACAAGAAGAAUUGCAUUCAAAAAUUGAGAAAUUGUGUGAAAAUAAUUGUCAACUCAUUGAAAAGAUUAUUGAAAUGAAGGAUGAAACGAAUGAAACCUUGUCCUAUUUCAAUGAUUUGGAUGAAAUGAAUGGCUACGAAUUUAUGGAAAAACGAAUGAAUCAGUUUAAAAAGGCCAUGUAUUCGUUUGAGCAUUUGAAAACACAAUUCGAAUCGAUUGGAAAAUUGGAACAAUUGCAUGAUAUGAAACUGGUGAAUAUAUCACAUCCAAUAGAGAUGAUUAAUAAUCAAAUUCAGAACAUGGGAGAUGUGUUGAUGUUUGAAUAUGCACCUAUUGAUCCUCAGUCGUGUAAAAUUUUGGAAAUGGACAAGAUUCAAAACCAUAUUUGGAAAUGCAAACAAACACUAAGUUUCACACUAAUGUUAAGUUCAAAGAAGGACGAAAAGCAAACUGAAAAUAAGAAGCUAGAGGGAAGCCACUCAUUAAUCCCAUUCAUUAAUUGUUUCAUUGAAACACAAGAUGGAAUGGUUCUCUCACGAUGUUCAUCCAUUAAGGAAAAGAAUCCUGAUCAACUGUACAAAAAAGAAUUCCAAAUUCAAAUUCAAAUUCCUGACUUUAGAGAUCAGACCAAUCUAAGACUUGCCGUGAUGAUUGAUCGAAAACGAACGAGAAACAAACAACUCUGUCAACACAUUUAUCAAUCUCCAUUUAAAUUGAAUGUGAUCAAAGACGAUGGUCAGAAACAUUCCAUUCUUUUAACAGAUCUUCAUUACAUUCAAACCAUUGGAUCUUCUCAAAAUCCAUCCUCCAAAGAAGGUUUCUUUAAUAUGCCCAAUGAUGUGAAAUUGUCUUUAAAGCAUGGACUGUUUUUUGUGGCCGAUUUUAUGAAUAAGCGAAUCCAAGCAUUCAACAUCAACACCAAGACAUUUAAAUUUAAAUUUAAUACCAAUGACAAACCAAAACAUGUGGCAAUUGAUUCAGUCGAUGAUUCAAUCAUUGUGAGUUGUGACGACCAUUGCAUUUACAAAUACAGUAUUGAGAGUAAGAAAUUGAUUUGGAAAUUAGGAACUCCCAAGCAACCAAGUUCUAAUGCUCAGCACUUUAAUUCACCCUAUGGACUUGUUGUGGAUGACAGUGAUGGAAAUGUAUUCAUUUGUGAUUGUUUGAACCAUAGAAUUCAAGUCUAUUCGAGAGAAGGAAAGUUCUUGUACAUGUUUGGGAACAAUAAUGGAUCUCAAAAUGUGCAAUUCAAUGGACCUUUUGCUAUUGACAUUAAUAAUAUGGGAAGAUUGGUGAUUGCUGAUUAUUGGAAUCAGCGAAUUGUUGAGGUAUCUAAAAAAGGAGAUUGUUGUUUCCACGUGUUUGGAGGAGGAUGGAAAGGAAAUGUGGAAUUAGGUCAUCCUAUUGGAGUGGUUGUCGAUAAAAGAACUGGAAACAUGUUGGUAUGCGAUGAGGAAAAUUUGAGAGUUCAAUAUUUCACUCCACAAGGUGAAUACUUGAAAACAUUCCAACCCAGAAAUGGGGAACAAGGUUUUGGAAAACCUUUCCGGCUGUGCUUCAAUUCGCUGACUGGAGAAAUAUUUGUAGUGGAUUGUUCCCAACAUCGAAUUCAAGUAUAUAAAUAA